UUCAAACAGACGUGGUGUAGAAAGGCUGGUUAAUUUGUAGUUGUUGUACAGUAAUGCUAGUAAGCUAGUUAGCGACUCGAAUAGGAACAGUGGCAAGUAAAGCUAACGUAGCUAGCUAGCAGAAGCAGCUACAUUAGCUCUGCUGUGUAAACAUGAAUAAAUCGCUUCUGGAGUGAAAAGAGGAAAAAUAAAGGAGCAGAUCUGAGACGAAACGUUUUUCUUUCAAGGAGGAGCUGCAUUGAGCUCUCAGUGCAGGGCUGAUCAUGCGAACGGCCCCACACCUCACCCGCUGACCGCUCACGUUUCGACCUGUGUCUGGGCCCCGGCGAUGCUGCCAUGAGCUCGGCGCUGUGGAGCCAGGAGAAGGGGGCGAGCAGCCCAAGAGACGACUGGCGCUUUUUCAUACUGCUGAAGGAAUGCGUGGUGGAGAAGGCGGCGCAGAAAGUGGUCCGCGUGCCGCGCGGCAGCCUGGGCCAGGCGUGUCCCGAGCGCACCAGCCUAGGGCGCCCGCUGCCUACCGCCAAGGGCAAGCGCAGCCUGCGCAUUCUGGACCAGAGCAACGUGGUGGUGAGCGUGGACGAGCGCGACACGCUGGAGCUAGACGAGACGCUGGCCGAGCUGCUCUUCCCCAUCACCAACUGUGAGGAGCGCCACGGGCUGCUGUGCGACACCUCACGCCUCCAGAGGGCUCAUGCCAUCCGCUGCGGCUCCAGGGUGCGCGUGCAGCUGCGGUCUGGUGACCCACCGUUGCCCGGAGUUGUGAGAUUUAAAGGGGCACUGCUGCCUGACCGGGCACUGUCCGGGAUCUGGUUCGGCGUCGAGCUACUGGAGGAGGGUCGCGGUCAGGGUUUCACCGAGGGCUCGUACCAGGGCCGGCAGCUGUUCCGCUGCGAGGACGAGUGCGGCGUGUUCGUGGCCGUCGAUAAACUCGAGCUCUGGGAGGACGAGGAGCUGGAGGUGGAUCACCUGAGCCUGGUGGAUAACGAGCCGGAGGCGGAGGGAGAUUACCCGCCGCUGGAGAUCAACUCGCGCGUGAUGGUGCAGACGCGCGACGGGCCCGAACGCGGCACCGUCAUCUUCUGCGACCUGUUACCUGGGAACGAGAGCCUCGGCUAUUACGUCGGGGUUUAUAUGGACAAUCCUAUCGGAGACUGGGACGGCUAUUUCGAUGGGAAACAGCUGUGUAAUUUCGCCAGCCACGAUCACACCCGUCUCGUGCCCAUCUGUGAUAUCAUGCCAGAAUACCCCAUGCAGGACCAGAGGUCGUCCAAAACUAGCUUUACUUUAAGAGGGAGCACUGAGAAGUUGGGGAGCCAGGCCAAACCAAAGAACAAAGGUCUGCAGGCUGCCAGCAGGAGCAAGUCCGAAUUUUAUUAUACGCUAAACGGCAGCUCGGUCGAUUCACCGGCUCAGUGCAAAUCCAAAAGCACGUGGUACAUAGAUGAAGUGGGCGAAGAUCCGGCCAAGUCUCUGACAGAAACGCCUCCUGACUUUAACCAAGCCUCAACGCCUCCUAGGGCGCCCCUCACCGCCCCCUCGCUGUCCAGUGACAGUAAGUUCCACUCGUUGCCCUUUAGCCUGUCUCGCAAGAGCGGCCCCAAUGAGAGCAUGAACCAUGGGCCGCUUUCACUGUCCGUCCAGUCUGUCAUGGGAGAGCAGCCGGAGUCCCCGGCCCCUCUGACUGCCCCAUCUCCAAGGCCGGCUUCACCUCCCAAAGGACAGCCAGGCUUAGAGGUCGGUUCGCUGGUGGAAGUUAAGGAGAACCCGCCCCUGUGUGGGGUGAUACGAUGGGUCGGCCUGCCGCCGGGUCUUCUGGAGCCUCUUGCAGGGCUGGAGCUGGAAGAAGAAUGUGUAGGAUGCACCGACGGCACAUUUAAAGGCACGCGCUACUUUACCUGCCCUCCAAAGAAAGCUCUGUUCGUCAAGCUGAAGUGCUGCCGCCCAGAUUCCCGCUUCCCCUCACAGCACCACUCGCCCAAUCCCAUCGAACGCUGCAAUUCCAUAGCGUUCGGUGGAUACCUGAGCGAGGUAGUGAACGAGAACACGCCCCCUCGGACGGAGGACGACGGCCUGGAGGUGAUGAUCGGCAAGAAGAAAGGCAUUCAGGGACACUAUAACUCCUGCUACCUGGACUCGACUCUCUUCUGUCUGUUCUCAUUUAGUUCUGUGUUGGAUACGGUGUUACUGAGGCCUAAGUCGAAAACGGAUGUAGAAUAUUACCUAGAGACACAGGAGCUGCUACGCACUGAAAUAGUCAACCCACUGCGAAUACAUGGUUACGUUUGUGCCACUAAGAUAAUGAAGUUGCGAAGGAUCCUAGAAAAGGUGGAGGCAGCAUCAGGGUUCACAUCAGAGGAGAAAGAUCCGGAAGAGUUCCUCAACAUUCUUUUCCACCACAUUCUGAGGGUCGACCCACUGCUUAAACUACGGUCUGCAGGGCAGAAAGUUCAGGACUGUUACUUCUAUCAGAUCUUCAUGGAUAAGAAAGAUAAAGUGCUGGUGCCCACUAGCCAACAGCUGCUGGAGUGGUCUUUUAUCAACAGUGACCUCAAAUUUGCUGAGGCUCCUUCCUGUCUCAUCAUCCAGAUGCCUCGGUUUGGGAAAGACUUUAAGAUGUUCAAUAAAAUCUUUCCGUCUCUGGAGCUGGACAUUACAGAUCUUCUGGAGGACACACCCAGAGAGUGUCGUAUCUGUGGGGGUUUGGCUCUUUACGAGUGCAGGGAGUGUUAUGAAGACGCUGACAUUACAGCGGGCAAGAUUAAGCAGUUUUGUGAAAAGUGCAAUACACAGGUGCAUCUGCACCCACGGCGUAAGAACCAUCGCUACAGCAAGCUCUCCCUGCCCAAAGAGCUGCAGGAGGGGACCUGGAGGCAGGCUACCUUCCCCCGCCAGCAGAUGGAGCUGUUUGCCGUGCUCUGCAUCGAGACCAGCCACUACGUGGCCUUCGUCAAGUACGGCUCCGCUUCCUCCUCCUGGCUCUUCUUCGACAGCAUGGCUGAUAGAGAUGGUGGGCAGAACGGAUUCAACAUCCCACAGGUGUCUCCGUGUCCCGAAGUGGGGGCGUACCUGAAAAUGACCCCUGAGGAGCUGCACGCCCUCGAUCCCAAAAACAUCCAGGGUUACGCACGCCGACUCCUCUGCGACGCCUACAUGUGCAUGUACCAGAGCCCCACAAUGAGCCUGUACAAAUAGAGCGCGCAGAGCAGAGCGGAACUGGAAGGACGCCGGCGGGUGAAUUAGCAGCUGAAGAACAAUUUAAAGGAGGACGCUGCUAAGAACCGACACUCCUUGUUCCUGUUAUGCCUGAAUAUCCCUGUAAAUAGUCUAAAAGAACAAGGAGAAGAGGAAGAGAGGAAGCUGAUUUGCACUGUGUGUGUGCUAAACAAGGUGCCUGGCAACUUCCAUCAGAAUUUCAAUAGAGAAUGAGGUGACAGAACGGAGAGAGAGAGAGAGAGAAAGUCUGCGAGAGAGACAGGCUGAAUCCUGUUGGCUGCCUUGCCAGUGAACCCCUUUCUGCUGGACACUGCUGGACACUGCUGAACCCACAAUCAACAUACUGUUUAGAAAACACUCCAUACUAUUAAAUUACUGAGUGACCUGAAGGUUA